ACAUGACUCUGAAGUGAAGGAUGUCUUCUGUACAGUGGCACUCACGUAUGCGUAAUUAUGGCACUGAGAUGCAGAGCUGCCGUUCAACAGCCAUUCCGGUUCAGAACGGCGACUUCCACCCUCUCAAACCCAUCAUGGUGACGGACUCCACGACGAAGUCCAGACGUGGAGGACGGAAAGGCAGCACAUCUUCAUCCUCCUCCUCCUCCAGCUCCGUGGCCCCUGACCCUCUCAGCUCCAUGAUGGAGGGAACCGACCCCCUGUCGCUCUUCGCCGCUGCAUCAGCCCAUGAGUCUCCCGCCCUGCCUCACAGCAGCUCUUCGGUGGAACUGGGGAGGAAACAUAAGGAGAACGAGGAAGAAGUGGGUUCAGACUUCGAGCCGUGGUCUGCCAAACGUGGUGAGAUCCUGGCCAGGUUCACCACCACAGAGAAGCUCUCCAUAAAUCUCUUCAUGGGCUCAGAAAAAAGCAAGGCCACCAGCCCCAGCUCUGCAGUUUCGGAGAAGGUUCGCACCCGUCUGGAGGAGCUGGAUGACCUGGAGGAAGGUUCUCAGAGGGAGCUGCUGAACCUUUCACAGCAGGACUACGUGAACCGUAUCGAGGAGCUGAACCAGUCACUGAAGGAGGCCUGGGCUUCAGACCAGAAAGUCAAAGCCCUAAAAAUCGUCAUCCAGUGCUCCAAACUGCUUUCCGACACCUCUGUGAUCCAGUUCUACCCCAGCAAGUUCGUCCUCAUCACAGACAUCCUGGACACAUUCGGUCGUCUGGUUUAUGAAAGAAUCUGGACCAUGUGCUCCGAUCCUGAACCUCUUCCAGACUUCUUCUCAGUGGAGGACGUGAACGACACGGCUAAAGAGACGUGCCUCAACUGGUUCUUCAAAAUCGCCUCCAUCAGAGAGCUCGUCCCUCGUCUAUAUGUGGAAGCCGCCAUACUGAAGUGCAACCGGUUUGUGAGCAAGAAUGGGAUUCAGGAGACUCUGCCCCGGCUCACGGCGAUGGUUCGAGGGAUCGGGGACCCGCUGGUGGGAGUGUAUGCCCGAGCCUACCUGUGCAGGGUGGGCAUGGAGGUGGCUCCUCACCUGAAGGACUGUCUGAACAAGAACUUCUUCGACCUGCUGGCGUCUUUCCGGCAGAUUCACAGUGACAGUGUUCAGAACCAGCUGGUGAUCCAGAGGGUGGAGAUACCCGUGUACCUCACACUCUAUUCUCCAGCCAUCAACUGGAUUCUGCAGUGUGUGGCUUACAGAGCACCUGAUGUGCUGCUUACUGAGAUGAUGGAGAGGUGUAAAAAACUGGGCAACAAUGCUCUCCUGCUGAACUCUGUCAUGUUGGCCUUCCGGGCCGAAUUCGUGGCUGCAAGAGCCACCGACUUCAUUGGAAUGAUCAAGGACUGUGAUGAAGCUGGAUUUCCCAAGCACCUAUUAUUUGGUUCUCUGGGCCGGAGUUUGGCGUGUGCCGACCCUCCAGAGAGCGAGAGGUUGCCCAUCCUCAACGAGGCCUGGAAGGUCAUCACUAAAGUGCGCAAUCCACAGGAUUACAACAACUGUGCUGAAAUCUGGGUGGAGUUUACCUGCCGUCACUUCACCAAACGAGAGGUGAACACCGUGCUGGCUGACAUCAUCAAGCACAUGACCCCGGACCGGGCGUUCGAGGAUGCUUAUCCACAGUUGCAGUCGGUGAUGAAGAAGAUCCUGAACUAUUUUCACAACUUCUCUGUCCUCUUCUCUAUGGAGAAGUUCCUGCCCUUCAUGGACAUGUUCCAGAAAGACAGCGUGAGAGUGGAGGUCUGUAAGUCCAUCAUGGAGGUUUUCAUCAAGAACCAGCAGGAACCGACUCGAGAUCCCGUCAUCCUCAACGCUCUGCUACACGUCUGCAAGACCAUGCAUGAUUCUGUGAAUGCUCUUACGGUGGAGGAUGAGAAAAGAUCUCUAGCUCUGCUGAUCAACGGCUUCAUUCGAAUGGUCUCGUUUGGACGUGACUUUGAGCAGCAGUUGAGUUUCUGCGUGGAGGCCAGAGCGACAUUCUGCAACCUAGAGCCCGUCAUCAUUCAGCUCAUUCACAUGGUGAACCAGUUGGCCAUGGAGACCAGACGAGUGAUGGGUGGGAAUCACUCCCGCAAAACAGCCGCGUUUGUUCGGGCGUGCGCGGCCUACAGCUUCAUCAGCAUCCCGUCGCUCAGCAGCAUCUUCAACCGCCUUCACCUGUACUUACUCUCAGGACAGGUGGCGCUGGCUAAUCACUGCCUCUCUCAGGCCGACUCCUUCCUGAAGGCGGCCAUCGGUAUUUUGCCCGAAGUUCCGCGCAUGAUUAACGUGGAGGGGAAACUGCGUCCCUCUGAGCCCUUCCUGCUGGACUUCAUCAACAACUUCCUGUCCACGCUGCUGGUGGUGCCGGACCACCCGGAGCAGGGGGUGUUGUAUUUGGUGCGAGGGUUGUUGAACAUGGUGCAGGACUACACGUGGGAGGACAACAGUGACGCCAAAGUGCGAGUGUACAUCAGCGCCCUGCCACUGUUGGCUGCUAUGAGCCAGGAGAGCUUCCUCUACACCGUUCCUAAAGUGGACUCUAACGAGACGCUGUACGGUGGAGACCCCAAAUUUGUGGCGGAGAUCAGCCGAGUGUGUGAGACUCUGACUGGUCAAGUGCUGGACCACCUAAAGACUCUGGGCCGAGACGAGGGAGUACGCAGGCAGGCUACGCUGGCGUUCUCUCUCUUUAGCAGUUUGCUAGCCCACGCAGAUCUACGCAACAACAAACUCAACCAGCUUGCUGUCAACCUGUGGAACCUCAGCCAUAAAAACGGCUACUGUGAUACACGGACCUCGGUGCGCACUCUGGAUCACAUUAAGCAUCAGGCUCAGCAGUCCCAAAUGGCUCACCUCUCCGAAAUGUUGCUGCGCCUCUCUCUGCAGUCACGAGCCUGAGAAACCAGCACGGACCUUCUGCCUUCACUAGUGUCAGAACUGGUGCCCAAUCUAAAAGCGUUCCAUGCUUUUCUACUGCACACGUGUGCUGUCACUCUGCAAGCAGUUUCCAUUCAUAUGUCAAGAAACCGCUCUUCAUUUACUUCCACUUCGUCCUGGUCAGGGCUGAGGUGGGUGUGGUGCCACACGGAAGGGCCCUUUACUUGACACCACCUUUAUUUUUUGAUGGCUGCUCUGAAUUGUAUUGUGAUUUCUGCCAGACCCACUGGGACCCUGAACAUGAAUGAGUGAUAGUUGUGGUGUAAAGACGCUGAUUGGGGUGAUUUAGAAGGCACUCUAGGUUCUGAUGUGCCGCCAUAUCAAUGGAAACUGGCUCAGACUGAGAUUAAGAGUGAGAAAGUCUGGGAUGGAUGACCCAAAGUUCCUGUACUAAUUCCUCUGUGAGACUUAAUAAUAAUCAGCACUUUGUUUUUGUAACAUUCUAAUAUCUAAUCUCGCAUUAAAUCAAAUUCCACACUUUUG